AUGUCUUCUCCUGGCAUUACCAACGAGGCCGAGACCCCACAGUUUCGAGCCGCCUCUGAUGCAGGAACAUUUGAGUUGAAAUCUCCUGCCACUCGUCAGCCUGUUGCUUUGGUGUCCGAGGCAACGGUCGAAGAUACAGACGCCGCCGUCGCAGCCGCCAAAGCAGCUUUCCCGGCAUGGUCAGCCUUGUCUCCCAAUGACAGGGGAGCAUACAUGAUGAAGCUUGCCGAACUCCUUCUCGAAUCUCAGGAAGAGCUGGCUCAUCUGGAGGCCAAUUCUAUGGGACGCCCUGUAUCUGGAUACUGGGAUGCAAAGGUUGCUGCACAGAAGUUGCAAUAUUUCGCAACAGCUGGUUGGGACAACCAUGGCCAGACGAGCUUGCAUACGCCUGGAUUUUUGAACAUGACAUUGAAACAGCCAUUCGGUGUUGUUGCUGCUAUCAUCCCAUGGAAUGUGCCUGUUUACUUUUUCAUUAACAAGAUGGGUCCUGCUCUUGCAGCUGGUAAUACUAUCGUAAUUAAGAGCAGCGAAAAGGCACCCUUGACCUCAGCAAAGGUUGCUGCCUUGAUUCAGAAAGCCGGGUUCCCACCAGGAGUGGUCAACGUCUUGUCUGGCCAUGGUCACAUCUCGGGCUCUGCACUCUCACACCACAUGGACGUGAGAAUGAUUACCUUCACCGGGUCAGGAAGAACUGGUCGGUUGAUCCAACAGGCAGCGGCCAAGUCCAAUUUGAAAAAUGUGCUGUUCGAGCUCGGCGGCAAGUCGCCGGCUGUCAUAUUCGGGGAUGCCGAUCUCGACCGCGCAGCGAAGGAAACUGCUAAUAGCCUCCAAUUCAAUAGCGGCCAAGUUUGCAUGGCGAACUCCCGAGUAUAUGUACACUCUUCCAUCUCGGAUCAAUUUAUCUCUUUGUUCAAAGAAAAAUUCCAGGCCAUUACACCCGGUGAUCCCACCCAGCCUCAUGUCACCCAUGGGCCUCAGGCGGAUGAGAUCCAGUUCAAUACCAUCAAGAAAUAUAUUGAGCUUGGAAAGAGAGAUGGCAAGCUUGCUCUGGGUGGAGAUGAGAUUGCCGGGCAUGCAGGAUACUUUAUUGAGCCUACAGUUUUCCUUGAGACGCCCGAAGACGCUCCGAUUAUGAAGGAAGAGAUCUUUGGGCCUGUGGUCAACAUCAACGUGUUUGACUCGGAAGAAGAAGUGAUCAGAAUGGUCAAUGACUCCGAGUAUGGGCUCUACGCCUCUGUUUACACUCGCGAUAUUGAGCGGGCUAUGCGAUUCGCCAAGUCCAUGGAGGCUGGCAGUGUUGGCAUUAACUGCACUAGCCCAACUGGAGCAUUUGACAUGCCGUUUGGGGGUUUCAAGGCUAGUGGGAUUGGAAGAGAGGGUAUUCAUUACAGCAUGGACUGUUACUUGGAGACGAAGACGGUACUGAUGAGAAUUUGA